GCCAUUCUCCGCGGUCAAUCGACAUCAGCUACCAACUGCCAGCGUUGGAAUCCUGGCUCUCCAUACACAAGUACUCACCCAUCUCAGACCUUGUCAAUUGCCAAUGUUCAUGACCAACGUCAGCACAUAAACCAUCCGCUCGUUCCGUCACCACCACUCUCACCAUGUCUUCCUACUUCUUCUCCACCCCCGUCGACAUUGACAUCGUUCUCGAAGACACAGACGAUCGGCAGACGGUGGAUGUCAAGCUCGACAAGAACAGAAGGGAAAAGGCCCCCCUGUAUCUCGAUGGCGAAUCCGUGAAAGGCGCCGUCACCAUCAGACCGAAAGAUGGCCGCCGCUUAGAGCACACUGGAAUCAAGGUCCAGUUCAUUGGUCUCAUUGAGAUGUUUUUCGACAGAGGUAAUCACUACGAGUUCUUAUCGCUCGGUCAGGAACUCGCUGCCCCCGGCGAACUGCAACAUCCUCAGACCUUCCCCUUCAAUUUCAAGAACGUCGAAAAGCAAUAUGAAUCAUACAACGGCAUCAACGUCAAACUGCGCUAUUUUGUCAGAGUUACAGUAUCACGAAGGAUGGCAGAUGUGAUUCGGGAAAAGGACAUUUGGGUCUACUCGUACCGGAUACCCCCCGAAACGAACAGUUCUAUCAAGAUGGAUGUCGGUAUCGAGGACUGCUUACAUAUCGAAUUCGAGUAUUCCAAGAGCAAAUACCAUCUAAAAGAUGUCAUCGUUGGCCGAAUAUACUUCUUGCUGGUCAGACUCAAAAUCAAGCACAUGGAAUUGUCCAUCAUCCGACGAGAAACAACUGGGGUCGCACCGAAUCAAUACAACGAAAGCGAGACGCUGGUUCGAUUUGAGAUCAUGGACGGCUCUCCAUCGAGAGGCGAAACCAUUCCGAUCAGACUGUUCCUUGGAGGCUUUGACCUUACACCCACUUUCCGCGAAGUCAAUAAAAAGUACUCGACUAGAUACUAUUUGAGUCUGGUCUUGAUUGAUGAAGAUGCCCGCCGGUAUUUCAAGCAAUCAGAAAUCGUUCUCUUCCGCCAACAACCCGAGACACCUCCACAGCUGGUCACAGAUAAUCCCAGUGUUGGUGGAAAGCCUCCUACCCAACCCUUACUCACACCUGCUUGAUCAUAACGUCAAGUUCUACAGUAAUUAAAACAUAAUAUAUCUGGCUAUGGGUGCCGGACUCAAUCUACCAGUCCUCCUCCUGAUGACCCUUGGUCAGUGAGCUAUUGGACCAUGCCACCAUCGUUGACGCAGGUUGUCCUCGGAGAUUGCCUGGGGUCAUGGUGAGGUUCACCGGUAUACUUCGCCAGUAUCGAUUGUGUCAGCUCGAAUGGAAAUGGUGUGAAACUCGAGCUCCUCGUACGAUCGCCCAAUCGACGGAGCACUCAUAGAAUGCCCCUCUCCAACGAUCAGAGGUCAUUUGGAAAAGCUCUCCCGCCAUAGACCACCUUAUGAGGUUCAGCUACUGCCCAGAAUUGACACGAACCUUGUUUUUCAUUUUCUAGCAGAUAUCUCGAACAUUUCCUCUAUCACCUGUAUUUCCCCUCGGCUUUUGAUUCGUAUCUAAUAUUGGAACAUCACCAUCCUUCACUGAUGGAGGCAGUCCACUUCUCCAGGGCCACCUCAAUGCCACGUCCCGCUUCAUCUGCCUGCCAAGCACCUUCACCACUCAAACGGGGGAGAUCUCGCCAGAAUUUGGACACCUGCAGGAGCAAAGGGUACAGGAUGCGAAGAUGCUCUUUGCCGUCCUCGACCGUGCCCCGUUGGCCUAGCACACGGCCCUGGUCGCCGCCCAAUUUGCCCGCGGCCGUGGCUGCUAGAAGCGCUCGCCCGUUGCUGCGGAGGUCAACAAACUUGGAGAGAAUGGUGUGUAAUUCAGCCUGUUGCGCUACUGGCGGGGGAGUCAGUCCUCGCAAGCGUUGAUCUGAAAGGAACGUCUUGAUUGGGUGGACGACGCGGAGUAAAAGGUACGGUGCAGCGUUUUCGGAGAGCGUCUGUGACGGGCGAGGCUGCUCAUUUGAAGUUGCAUUCACUUCCUUCUGCCUGACAAGGCUAAAUAGUGCGUCGAGAGCUGCAUAGCAGAUUCUUCUUCGGCUAGGGAAGACCGGUCGAUGAACGCUUCCCGCUCGGAGAAUAAACAGGCCUUGUAACGGUGUCUUCUCGAGAUCCUCAGGCAUGUCGUUGAACCAGGGCUUGGCUAGAAGAGAAGCAUUGAAAACCGAAACAGCGUAUCGUCUACACGUCUGGGCUGUCAAUCUGUCGCUCUGCGACAGGGUGACGAUGUUCCGGUGGAGAAGUUGGAAAUGCUCAAUAUCAAAUGUUUCAUCCUCGAUCAAAGUUUCUUCCUUGUACCUCGCCUCUGUUCCUGUCAGUCCACCAGGACCUAGCAUGUUCUGACUCAGGCCAAUCAACGGUUCUGAUAUCGUG